CGGAGCGCGUUGCCACAAACCCCUAUUCAUCCAGCUGUUACUUAUCCCCUCUCCCCAGCCACCACCCACCCGCUACUCGCGUUCCUCAAAGGACCUCCCGAAUGCCAGUGGUGCCAGUAUGACUGGCAGGCGAGUGCCGGCACCACUGCUUUACACGGUUCUCUGUGCGGAUCGGAAAUAAUUCUUCCGGAAUGACUGGAUUAUCUAUGUUGAUCACCUUCAAGAGCUGUUGGAUAACCCCAACGCCUCGGGAUAAGGAACCAUGAAAUUCAGUUCACUACAAGAUGUACUAUCCCCCACCCCCUCACGAGGGAGUCCUGCCAGGGGCAGCUAUCCCUACGGCCCCUCUAGUCCCUGUCUCCUUUCCUGCCUCUGCUUUGGAAAUGUAUAUGAAUGGUUCUACAGCGCCCACCGCUCCCAGCAUAUCUCAGGUCCAGUCUCCUGACUCCUCGCCCUUGCCUGGAGCCCUGGAGUACUGGAAGUACCACAAGCUUCACCAUCUAGCCAACCGUCAGCAGUUGUGCAUCUCCCAUCGAAGAGGAAACUGCUACGACCUGACGGACACGAUGGACACGGUCCUUUACACGGCGUCCAUCGAGAUGCAGACGGACUGCUUCUGUUGCGGCAAGGCUCCCAAGGGACCUGGGACCACCUGGCAUAUGACCAACCCCACGGCCGGGCUGGCUCUUUCCUUUCACCUGGCGAGGGAGCUCUCCUGCUUCCACGAGGCAGUUCUGACAACAACUGUCAAGAUGGCCUCCGAGGCCCACCUGGGGAGGGCAGAAGGGAAAGGAUCCAAAUUUACCCUAAAAAAUCCGGCUGGUGACGACCUCUGUUACCUGCAUCUAGAUGACCGGUGCUGUAAUUGCGAAGAUAUCCCGUACAUGGUCAUACCAGCUGGAGACACGAAUGACACGGGCGAUGUGGUUAAAUACAACGGUGGCUUCCUCAUUACCUUCCCAAGAUCUCUGGACGUGCCCACUCGCGCUCUCCUCGCCGCCACGAUCAUAUCGAUCCAAUUUCACUUCGAAGAAGCAAACAAUGUAUGAGAAAGGAGACAGAGAGUGUUCGAUACUUUUGAACUGACGUGUCCUUCCAUAGAAAUAAAGCUGAAGAAGAGACAAAUAACUACAAGGAGAAGAGAAGAGAGUUGGUGAAAAGAAAGAGGAAGAUGGGGAAGACAAUAGAUUCAACGGAGUCUUAUCCAGGUGCUGCCAUCUUGUGAAUUUAAAUAAAAAUCCCUAGCAGACAGAUAGAAAAACAUGAUUUUAGAAGUUUGGUGUACUUAACUACAAUCUGUUGUUGAGCAGUGAUUGAAAACGGCAACUAAUCUUACACGUGAAGGAAAUGUAAGUGUUAAGUGCUGAAUAAACACAAAUAGAAGAAUGAGAAAAGUGAGUACUUUAAGUUUCCUUAUUCGGGGACUAACUGUAGUUAGCUGGGAUUUGAUGGAAGUAAAUCCGAUGGUGUUCGAGUGUGGAAUAAACUGUGAUAAUAUAAACUUGUCAUAUUUUCUUACAUGAACAAAUAAAUGCAUUUAAUUAAUUAAAAUGGCUUUGAACUACAUUGUAAAGCUGUUGAGAAGAGACGUCAAACACUGGACAAUGAGAUACGACAAUUUAUCAACUUUAGGAAAGCCUUGUGCAAUGAUUUUUUAUUUUGUUAAAUAGAAAAAGUAAGUCCUUUCUUGAUGUUUGUAGUAAAAUGAUCCUAUUCGUGUUUUAGUUCUAAAUACAUUUCAAUAAAUUCUGAGUUAACGUUUCCAUACUUAAGUGUUCUGAAGGUUUUUUCUUUGUAACAGAGCCUGAUUGAUUCCGUGGUUGAGCAAUGAGUGGUAUUAAUUUUGAAAUAUUUAUUUUUGAAAUAUGAAUCUGCUAAAAUGGCAUUAGAACGGUCCUAAUUCUCUUGAAAAGAUCAUAGAUUUUUGUUUGGAUAAUUUUUUGCUAUUUUAUUUAUACAUUUUAUAUAUUUCAGUGGAUAU